CGAGAGCGCUAAAAUGGAGGCGGAAAGAUCCGGCGGAGUAGCAGGGGGAACGAACCAGAACUCUGGAGGCAGCGGCGUGGGGCGCAAUCCGAACGGGCCGAAAUCGGUACUCGGGCAGGCGACAACAGAAGCGGCCGCCGCGGCAUCAGCAGCCGGGGCGAUGGCUGGAUCGUCGCAGCCUCGGGAACCGCAAGACGGCGACGCAGGCCUAUCGCUUCCUGGGAUCUUGCACUUUAUCCAGUUCGAAUGGGGACGCUUCCAGGCCGAGAAAUAUCGCUGGGAGGCCGAGAGAGACGAACUCAGGGCUCAGGUGACGUUCCUCCAGGGUGAGAGGAAGGGGCAGGAGAACAUGAAGCAGGACCUGGUCAGGCGGAUUAAGAUGUUGGAGUACGCCCUGAAACAGGAGAGGUCCAAACACCAGAAGCUGAAGACAGGCAGUGACCAGAGCCCAGGAGAGAAGAAACCAGAGGCAGAACAAGUGCCCAAUGGGCCAGCAGAAUCUGAAUCUGAGCCAGCCAAUCAGAUGUCCUGGAAGGAGGGCCGUCAGCUACUGCGCAAGUACCUGGAGGAGGUGGGCUACUCGGACACCAUCCUGGACAUGCGUUCGAAGCGUGUGCGCUCCCUGCUGGGUCGUACCAGCCCCGAGGCUAACGGCGCCCCGGCCAGCAGCGAGCAGCAGUCCGCCCCGGACCCCGAGCCCCUGGCAGGGGGGGAGUCACUCCUCAUCAGACAGAUAGAGGAGCAGAUCAAGAGGAACGCGGCGGGGAAGGAUGGUUCUAAGGAGCGUCUGGGCGGUUCCGUGCUGGAUAAGAUCCCCUUCCUACAAGGCUGCCAGGAUGAUGAUGAGGAUGACAGUGAUGAGGAAGCUGACUUCCAGGGCAUGGGCACGGACCGUGUAGACGGGCAGCGCAACAAGAACAAGAAGCCGCGCGUUAAGAUGGGGACUGAGCCCAUGCCCACAGACCUGGACCCUGAUGAUGAGGAGGAUGAAGACGACUCGGAGGAUGCCCUGAGCGAGUUUGACUUCCUGGGAUCAGGGGAGGAGGGGGAGGGGGCGGGAGAGGCCCGUAUCUCAGGGGACGGCCGGGAGUUAGAGAAGCGCAGGAACAAGUUACAGGGCAUGAUGUCGGACUUCCCCCCCAAACCCUCCCCGCCCCCCUCUGUGUCGGGACAGUCUCGCUCCGGGGAAGGUGGCGCUCUGGGUUUUUCCUCUGACGUCUUCAUCCUGGACGCCGUCGGGGGUGGAGACAUGAACCUGGGAGAGCUGGCUGACCUCACCGUCGCCAACGACAACGACCUCACCGUGGAUCUGCAGGACAACCGGGAGGAGUUCAAGAAGACGUGGAACCCUCGCUUCACGCUGCGUAGCCAUUUUGAUGCCAUCCGAGCGUUGACGUUCCACCCCAGCCAGGCCGUUCUAGUCACAGCCUCCGAGGACGGAACCCUGAAGCUGUGGAACCUCAACAAGGCCAUACACUCCAAGAAAAAUGCAGCGCUGGACGUUGAACCCAUCUACACCUUCAGAGCCCACAGUGGUGCCGUUCUGUCUCUGGCCAUGGGAGAGGACGGAGAUUCGUGCUACAGCGGGGGUCUGGACGGAACCGUGCGCUGCUGGAAGAUCCCUGACAUCAACGUGGAUCCCUACGACAACUACGACCCGGGCAUAGAGAGCAGUGUGUUGUUGGGUCACGAGGACUCAGUGUGGAGUUUGACGUACUCUGCCACCCACCGUCGCCUGGCGUCCUGCUCUGCAGACGGGACCGUUCGCAUCUGGGACCCACAGAACUCUGCCCCCUGUCUCUCCGUCUUCAACAAGGAGAAAGAACACGGAACGCCCACCUCGGUGGCCUUUGUGAACUCUGACCCCGACCAGGCGGUGGUGUCAUUCGACGGAGGCGAGACGCUGCUCUAUGACCUCAAUACAGAGCAGAGCAUCAUGGUCCUGGACACCAGGACUAAGGACGGCAGUGAGCUGAUUAACGGUGUGGUCAGCCACCCCUCUGAGCCCAUCUCCAUCACCGCACACGAGAAUCGCACUAUCCGCUAUCUCGACAACAAGACAGGUAAAGUGAUCCACUCCAUGGUGGCACACCUGGAUGCUGUCACCUGUCUGACCACGGACCCCAAAGGCACUUACCUCAUCUCUGGCAGCCAUGACUGUUCGGUGCGUCUGUGGAUGCUGGACAACAGGACGUGUGUGCAGGAGAUCACGGCCCACAGGAAGAAGCACGACGAGGCCAUUCACGACGUGGCCUUCCACCCCUCGCAGCCCUUCAUCGCCUCGGCCGGCGCCGACGCACUCGCCAAAAUCUUCGUCUGAGAGAAGGCACAGACAGGGACUCAACAUCAUCCUCACUGCCCGACUAACACAACUUGGCCAGAGGAGAGUGAUGACUACAAUGGACAAACGUCACACACAAUUCCACAUUCACAGUUACACACGUACACAUCCAGUGACAUACACACACAAAACUGUUGUCCUGCACCCCACUGGCUGGGUCAUCGCCACAGGACACUAUUACCCACGGUUCUCUCGCUGAUCCCAUGAUGCCUCAGUAGCUUGUUGCAAUACUAACCGUACUGUUUUUCUAACGACUAAAUCGGACUGCUCGGUUUAUUAGGUCCGUUGACUACACUACGAUACUCUCAUUCACUUCUACUUUUUACAGUCCACUUAUGGUUAUUAUAAGACAGUGUGUGUUGACUUUGAUCACUACGCAUGCUGAUGCAGCCCGUGCUAUGACGAGUGACGCGGCUCGCGCACGGGUUCACUUUCCGUUUGAAACUUGUUUUUUAAGAGAUAAGAAGCUUCGCUCGCCAGUUGCUAACACGCGUAAGUACCUGACUACAGUAGAGUCCAGUACCCACCCGUUGACGGCAGUAGCAAUUGUCUGCUGCACCAGUGUGGGGGAACAAUGCAUUUCAUUCCAAAGACUUCUGAGGGUUUUGGUUUUUGUGUGUUUCGGAGACGCCUCCUAACCGGUGUUGGACAAACGGCUUUAAUAUCAGCCUCAUCGCCAAGAUACUAAGCCUGAGUGUUUGUGUGUCCAGUAUUGUACGGUCAUCCAUUUCAGUAGGAGGGUGUGUUUGUGUGUGUUGCACUUGUUUAAUCUUGGUGCUAAGACCUCAUCAGUCCGAGUCUGAAUCAGGGACCUGUUAUCAUUCAAGGUGUGUGUGUGUGUGUGGGGGUCCUGUUUGUCUCUCACUGGGAUAUUUGUCAUCAACAGUAGCAUGACAUAGCUUGUAUCAUCACUCUCCAGCCAUGCCAACUGUUUGUGUUGAGAUACUGUAUGGGUGAUUUGUAUCUCAUAGGAAACUAACACGCUAUGCUAAGCAGACACUUUUCUACUGGUUUCUUUUUAUAUAUAGUGUGUGUGUGUGAAGUUUUGUCGUUUCAUCGGUACAGCUGGUUUGUGAAAGAGUGUGUUGUUGAUGCCGCAGUAGAGCCCUCUGACUGAAACGGUGGACAUUGCCAGAAAGUGGCAUCCUGUAUUCUCUCUCUGUUAAGUCGGCAUCAAGUCAGAAUGGUCCUUGGAAACAAUCUAAAUAAUCCAAUGAAAUGACUGUUGUUGAUUAGGUUUCUGUUUCUUGUGCGGGGGGGGGGGGGGGGGGGUUGCACUGAAUUACCCAGAGUGCUCAUAUUGGGAAACUGGCCUCUCGCCCGUGUCAACGGAGCCAGGAGGAGAAAUUUGCCACCGGGAUAUGGGAACAAAAGCCACAUAAAGAGCCCUCCUUCCUCCCCCUUUCCCCUUUGGAGAGGAAAGAAGAACAAACACUACCUGAACCCCCGAGCCCCUUUACAUUGGCCUCCGACAAAGACUGAAUUUAGACAGGGCUGGUGACUGUGCACCAAGCGAUCACUUUGUGCUUGGAUUAUUGUGGAGCUGUUUUUCCUGGAAGGGGUAACAAGGUCGGACAAAGAGCGGAGCCUUGGACGUGCGCUAUAGACUGACAUAUAGGUCAGAGGUCAGGGGUGAUGUCGUUGGGUAGCCGGCCUCCUGGCUCCUUCAAGUUUAUUUUUGAACUUUCCGCGGUGGAACAUAGGCAGGGGGGAGCCCUGAGGGCAGAUCUCUGGCUGUGGAAACAUGGUUCCACCAGGCCAGGGCAGAGCAGGGCAUGGCAGUAAAGAUUGAAUGGUCCAGUAGCACCACGUCAAUCAGUAACUGGCCCCGAGCUGCCCCCAAACCUACGAAUCAACCCCUAGCACAUACGCCAGAGGGAGGGGGUAGAACUCAUCCCAAACCACUGAUACCAGAUCAGGUAUUUUUUCAUCCCCUUAAUGGUUAAAGUCAGCAUUGGGGUUAGGGUAAUCUAAUUCUAGAUCUGUGGUUAAGGUCAACUUUAACCAAGAGCGCCUACAUGCAACAGGGUCACUACAGGGGUCAGAGAAUCAAAGGUUGCUGGUAAAAAUGACUGAGGUGUCAACGUUUCUCUCCACUUCACGACCUUAUGGGAAACCACACUCUCUGGUCAGACAGGUUUCUGUGGGCUUGGUUUAGUUCACGUCAGCGUCAUGUGUUUGCUUUUCCAUGAUGGUUUCAGAUGUAUUGAAGUCGAUGAGGCAGAGAGAAUGCCUAAGUGCUACGUACUGUAGCACACGGUGUGCUGUGAUGCUUUGUUGUUGAGAGGAUAACUAUAGUGCGCAGUUGUCAAUCACCCAGCAGAUGGUAUCACCCACCUCUCGGAAGUCCGGUGGACAUUUUUUUUGUGUAAUAGUGCAUCCACUCCCACCAACGUUAUAGCUUCCGUACGAAGUGCAUUCUAGUGACACGCUAACUAACGGUUGGCUAUAGGCUGCACUACAUCAGCUGCACUAGACCCCAAGACUAGACCAAGAGGUUACCUGGAGCCCGUAUGUGUCUUAGCGGGGUUGUGGAGACCAUGGCCCAGUUUCCCAAAAGCGUCUUAAAGAGCGACUGCCCCUAAAAAAAUAAAAGAAACGUAUUGUUUUGAAAAUAGCCUAUGUAGCAUCGGUGUGAGUCAGAAGCAUUUAUUCUACUGUCAAAAUUGACUACAACGUGUAAAUAGGAUAAUUUUGGUCAUAAAGUCAGUCUCGUUCAAAACGGAGAUUUGCGAGAUAGGGAAAAAAAUGGUAUUUCACAGAAUGAAAGUUACCAUUACAGUUUUCCAUAGGUUGGGUUUAUUUGAAUCCGUCCCACAGCUGGCUGCACCCAAGUAAUCAUCAAUGCUGAGUGCAGCUGCACAUGACCCAAUGUAAUGUUCAUGAUCAAUUUGGUUUGACUUUGGAUAUCCCUACGGGGCUAGUUAGGGACCAUCAGUAAAUUGCACAAUGCAGAAAACCAACUAUACAUCAUAUAGCAAUAUUGAAUGCAAUUAAUGAGACAACUAAAAGAUGUGCAACAUGAACAUAUGGUCCCAUUUCCAUUGUGUAAUUUAUUGACGUCCCAAACGAUCCCCAGAGACAAGCUAUCCAAAGUUAAACUAACUUUGCCACGGUCGCAUACCAGCUAUCUGGAGCUAAUUGGCGAAACGAUUUGGCUAACUCUUCUUUAACUCUUGGCUAACUCGAUUUGGCUAGCUCACAUCAAACCACACCCCGAAACCAACUCGCGGUUUGAAUUCAGUCCUGGCUGCUAGCAUUUACUAAUGAACCGAAUCUAAAACGAGGACAAAUCAGGAAGUGCAGUUGCAUAUGUUCAUCGUUAGAAUCUUCAUAGGAGCAUCGUUAAAUCGCCAAGCUGUUUCUCAAACCCAUUACUAAAGUUGCAUUUGAAAACGACUGCCUCAGAACAGCGAAGUGUGUCGUUAGAUGCUUUUAAAAAAAACACAUCCUGGUCACUUUAAACACAGAACAGAAUAAAUCAGCUAAACCGAAUUCGAGAUGUUUAUCUGUCUCACUGUGAACGCAGAUAACUUCAGACCGAAGUUGACUGCUGCAUAUACAAAGUUGCCAAUGGCUUUUGAGUUCUUUGCGAUUGUUGUAAACAAGCGAAGGAUACAAAUGUGCAUCAAAUGAAAACCGAGUUGACUGAAAGAUAAAUAUAGAAAAUAGGUUUAUAAAGGCUACAUACAUAGGCCUGUUUAUUUAAAUCACAUUGAAAUCAAUUUCAUGUUCAAUCAAUUGAGUUCUAUUUAGCUGGCUAGUCUACUGUCUGCAAUUUUUGCCUCAAUAUAUUUCAUGUGUAAUGUGCGCAAUGAUAUGCCGAAUCUGUGAUUUGUGCAUUAUUAUUGGUUAAGCAUUAGAAUAAACCACCUCAAUAUUUGCAGCCAUCAGGUGAUCAUCUCUCUAGGAGCUGACCGGUUGUCAGUAUUGUGAAAUAAUUAUGUUAAGGUAAGAUAUGAAUAGAGAAAGCAGUCUUUCUUUGUAUCCUAUAGGUAUCGACACAUGCUCCAGCGACCCACUUGGCGAACGUUCUUUCUGCGUGGUGUUUUGGGAAACGCAUGUUACAUCUUCGGCCGUUGUAGGAACGAUGCAUUGUUUAAAAUACUUGUGCGCCUAAAUUCCCUCGUUAUCGGGAAACCAAGCCCUGAAGUGUCUCACUGGUAUUUCUCCUCCCUUCGCGUCAAUAUUAAGACUGCAUGAGUGUGUUGGGCGAACUCUGCACUCCGUGUCUGUGUGUCAGUCAGAGUCCACAUGUACGUCUGCAGCGUUGAGCUAUAGACUGGUCCUGAUACGCUCAAAUAUGUCCGUCUUCUGAGAACAGACAAAUCAAUGUGAAAAAAAUCAAAAAAGCGAGAGGAAAAUAGAUAUGACUGUAAAUGAUGGAAGACUAGAGCAACCAUUAUCUGAUUUACAUGUCCAUUCUCAUUUUUUUAUUUGUUGCUUUUUUCCCUUUGAUUAUAAUUAUUAUCUAAGAAUACUGUAGUGUCAUCAGUGAAAUCUUUCUUCUUUGCUAGGCUUAGAACUUGCUUGUGAUUGAUAAUGACAAUGUAUACCUUGUAAAAAACAAAACGGUUAACAAAUCAGAAAAAGAAAAAGAACAUCAAAAAGUGAUCAGUCCGAGGCCAAGGUAAAGGACUCUUGUUUCUUUGUGUUUUUAUUUUUUUAAUAGCAACUUAUCACUGUGUGAUAUUUUGUACAUCAUAUUAAGCUGUAUUCAAACAAUUUCCUCUAACUACAAGGGAUAAGAGACCUGCUUUUUAUUGAGUUUGUUUUAUUAUAUAUAUUUUUGGAACUGCAUUCUAGCUCGUAUCAAAUGACAGAUUUUCCUUCUCUUUACUUUGCGGGUCUCGUGUUAUGUCAUUAAAGAAGAAAAACACAAAAAAUUCUAAUAAAAUAACGAUUUUGUACAGUGAA